UCGGUGUAGUGGCAGUCAGUAAUUAGCCUGGGGAACACCUCAAGUAAACAGUGAAGGGACGAAGUAAAAAGUAGCAUUACACCGAGAAAACGUUUUAAACAAAGCCUGAAAUUUACUCACAAUCGGACUUAAUCUAAAGGAUCCCUGGCUGUCCGGCUAGGACCUGAUAGAAGCAGCCGUAGUUUGUUAGCAUUAGAAGAAGCCGGGGGAGAGUGACAGAAGAACAUGGCUCAGGUCCUGCCUAUUCGCUUUCAGGAGCACAUCCAGCUCCAAAACUUGGGAAUCAAUCCGGCCAACAUAGGCUUCAGCACGCUGACCAUGGAGUCGGAUAAGUUCAUCUGUAUUCGGGAGAAAGUUGGCGAGCAGACUCAGGUGGUGAUCAUUGACCUGGCUGACCCCAAUACACCUAUCCGCAGGCCGAUCUCAGCCGACAGCGCCAUCAUGAAUCCAGCCAGCAAGGUUAUUGCACUCAAAGACGCGGCCAAAACCCUUCAGAUCUUUAACAUUGAAAUGAAGAGCAAGAUGAAGGCUCACACCAUGACGGACGAUGUGACCUUCUGGAAAUGGAUCUCCCUGAACACAGUUGCACUUGUGACUGACAAUGCUGUCUACCAUUGGAGCAUGGAGGGGGACUCGCAGCCUGUGAAAGUUUUUGAUCGUCAUUCCAGCCUGGCAGGCUGCCAGAUCAUCAACUACCGCACUGAUGCCAAGCAGAAAUGGCUCCUGCUCAUUGGUAUCUCAGCUCAGCAAAAUCGAGUAGUGGGAGCCAUGCAGCUGUACUCGGUUGACAGGAAAGUUUCACAGCCCAUUGAGGGCCAUGCUGCCAGCUUUUCUCAGUUUAAGAUGGAGGGGAAUGCAGAGGAGUCAACCUUGUUCUGCUUUGCUGUCAGAGGCCAGGCUGGAGGCAAGUUGCAUAUCAUAGAAGUGGGGACCCCACCGACUGGGAAUCAGCCAUUUCCAAAGAAAGCAGUGGAUGUCUUCUUUCCUCCAGAAGCCCAGAAUGACUUUCCUGUGGCCAUGCAGAUAAGCUCGAAGCAUGAUGUGGUUUUCCUCAUUACCAAAUACGGCUACAUUCACCUGUAUGACUUGGAGACAGGAACCUGCAUCUACAUGAACCGCAUCAGUGGAGAGACCAUCUUUGUCACAGCUCCGCAUGAAGCCACAUCAGGCAUUAUUGGAGUCAACAGGAAGGGACAGGUGCUGUCUGUCUGUGUGGAAGAGGAAAACAUCAUUCCAUACAUCACCAACGUGCUGCAGAAUCCAGAUCUAGCUCUUCGCUUAGCUGUUCGUAACAACCUCGCCGGGGCUGAAGAACUCUUCGCUCGCAAGUUCAACAACCUGUUUGCUGCUGGCAACUACUCCGAAGCAGCCAAAAUUGCUGCUAAUGCACCAAAGGGUAUCCUGCGAACCCCAGACACUAUUCGUCGCUUCCAGGGUGUCCCCACCCAGUCGGGCCAGACCUCCCCCUUGCUGCAGUACUUUGGCAUCCUGUUGGACCAGGGUCAACUCAACAAAUUUGAGUCCUUGGAGCUUUGCAGGCCUGUUCUCCAGCAGGGACGAAAGCAGCUUCUGGAGAAGUGGCUGAAGGAGGACAAGUUGGAGUGUUCAGAGGAACUGGGUGACCUGGUGAAAGCAGUGGAUCCCACCUUGGCUCUUAGUGUCUACCUGAGGGCCAACGUUCCCAACAAGGUCAUUCAGUGCUUUGCAGAGACUGGCCAGUUCCCCAAGAUUGUCCUGUAUGCCAAGAAGGUCGGCUACACUCCAGACUGGAUCUUUCUGCUGAGGAAUGUGAUGCGGAUAAACCCAGAGCAAGGUCUGCAGUUUGCACAGAUGCUUGUCCAGGAUGAGGAGCCGCUGGCUGACAUCACACAGAUUGUGGAUGUUUUCAUGGAGUACAACCUGAUCCAGCAGUGCACCUCUUUCCUCCUUGAUGCACUAAAAAACAACAGACCCUCUGAGGGGCCACUGCAGACUCGCCUGCUGGAGAUGAACCUCAUGCAUGCUCCACAGGUUGCUGAUGCUAUCCUGGGGAACCAAAUGUUCACAAACUAUGAUCGCGCCCACAUCGCCCAGCUGUGUGAGAAGACUGGACUCCUGCAAAGAGCACUGGAGCACUACACAGACCUGUAUGACAUCAAGCGUGCUGUGGUGCAUACACACCUGCUUAACCCAGAGUGGCUGGUGAACUACUUUGGCUCACUUUCUGUGGAAGAUUCUGUGGAGUGCCUCAGAGCCAUGCUCUCAGCCAACAUCCGCCAGAACCUGCAGAUAUGUGUCCAGGUGGCCUCAAAGUACCACGAGCAGCUCACCACACAGGCUCUCACUGAACUCUUUGAGUCCUUCAAGAGCUUUGAAGGUUUGUUCUACUUCCUGGGCUCUAUUGUAAACUUCAGUCAGGAUCCUGAAGUUCACUUCAAAUACAUCCAGGCUGCCUGCAAAACGGGCCAAAUCAAAGAGGUGGAGAGGAUCUGCAGAGAGAGCAACUGCUACGACCCGGAGCGCGUCAAGAACUUCCUCAAGGAAGCAAAACUCACUGACCAGCUGCCACUCAUCAUUGUCUGUGACCGCUUUGACUUUGUCCAUGACCUGGUCCUCUACCUGUACCGAAACAGCCUGCAGAAGUACAUUGAGAUUUAUGUUCAGAAGGUGAACCCUAGCCGUCUGCCUGUUGUAGUUGGCGGGUUGUUGGAUGUGGACUGCGCCGAGGAUGUCAUCAAAAGCCUGAUUUUAGUUGUCAGGGGGCAGUUCUCAACUGACGAGCUGGUCGCUGAGGUGGAAAAGAGGAACAGGUUGAAGCUGCUGCUGCCUUGGCUGGAGUCUCGUAUCCAUGAAGGCUGUGAGGAGCCUGCUACCCAUAAUGCCUUAGCAAAGAUCUACAUUGACAGCAAUAACAACCCUGAGCGCUUCCUGCGGGAAAACCCUUUCUACGACAGCCGUGUUGUGGGAAAGUACUGUGAGAAAAGAGACCCUCAUCUGGCCUGCGUGUCCUAUGAGCGAGGACAGUGUGACCAGGAGCUGAUCAAUGUUUGCAAUGAGAACUCCCUCUUCAAGAGCUUGUCUCGCUACCUUGUCCGACGCAAAGACGCUGAGCUGUGGGCCAGUGUGCUGCUGGAAAGCAACCCCUACAGGCGGCCACUCAUUGACCAGGUGGUGCAAACAGCGCUGUCAGAAACCCAGGACCCAGAGGAGGUAUCUGUCACCGUCAAGGCUUUCAUGACUGCAGACUUACCCAAUGAGCUCAUUGAACUGCUGGAGAAGAUUGUUUUGGACAACUCUGUCUUCAGUGAGCACAGAAAUUUGCAGAAUCUGCUGAUCCUGACUGCAAUCAAAGCUGACCGUACACGUGUGAUGGAGUACAUCAGCAGACUAGACAACUACGAUGCUCCGGAUAUCGCCAACAUCGCCAUCAGCAAUGAGCUCUUUGAAGAGGCUUUUGCCAUCUUUAAGAAGUUUGAUGUCAACACCUCAGCUGUACAGGUCCUGAUUGAACAUAUUAGCAACCUAGACCGGGCCUAUGAAUUUGCAGAGCGCUGCAAUGAGCCAGCUGUGUGGAGCCAGCUGGCCAAGGCUCAGCUACAAAAGGAACUGGUGAAAGAAGCCAUUGACUCUUACAUCAAAGCUGAUGACCCCUCUGCAUACAUGGAGGUGGUGCAGGCCGCUGAUAAGAGUGGUAACUGGGAGGACUUGGUCAAAUUCCUUCAGAUGGCACGUAAGAAGGCCCGCGAGUCCUAUGUAGAGACAGAGCUGAUCUUUGCCCUGGCCAAAACAAAUCGCCUGGCUGAGCUUGAAGAGUUCAUCAAUGGACCCAACAAUGCUCACAUCCAACAGGUUGGCGACCGCUGCUACGACGAGAAAAUGUAUGAAGCCGCUAAACUGUUAUACAACAAUGUCUCCAACUUUGGUCGUCUGGCUUCAACUCUGGUGCAUCUUGGUGAGUACCAGGCUGCUGUGGAUGGUGCCCGGAAGGCUAACAGCACCCGCACCUGGAAAGAGGUGUGCUUUGCUUGUGUGGAUGGACAGGAGUUCAGACUAGCCCAGAUGUGCGGUCUCCACAUUGUGGUGCAUGCUGACGAGCUAGAGGAACUGAUCAACUACUACCAGGACCGUGGCUACUUUGAAGAAUUGAUCACCAUGCUGGAGGCUGCCCUGGGUCUGGAGCGUGCUCACAUGGGCAUGUUCACAGAGCUAGCCAUCCUUUACUCCAAGUUCAAGCCUCAGAAGAUGAGGGAGCACCUGGAGCUCUUCUGGUCCAGGGUUAACAUCCCGAAGGUCCUGAGAGCAGCGGAGCAGGCUCACCUGUGGGCCGAGCUGGUCUUCCUGUACGACAAGUAUGAGGAGUUUGACAAUGCCAUCAUCACCAUGAUGAAUCACCCAACAGAUGCAUGGAAGGAGGGCCAGUUCAAAGACAUCAUCACCAAAGUGGCUAACGUGGAGCUGUACUACAAAGCCAUCCAGUUCUACCUGGAGUUCAAGCCUUUGUUACUGAAUGAUUUGCUCAUAGUGCUCUCCCCUAGACUGGACCACUCACGUGCUGUCAACUUCUUCUCCAAGGUUAAACAGCUGCCACUGGUCAAACCUUACCUACGGUCAGUACAGAACCACAACAACAAAUCAGUCAACGAAGCACUUAACAACCUCUUCAUCACAGAAGAGGACUAUCAGGCACUGAGGACAUCAAUAGAUGCCUACGACAACUUUGAUAACAUCUCACUGGCCCAGCGUUUGGAGAAACAUGAACUCAUUGAGUUUAGAAGAAUUGCUGCCUACCUCUUCAAAGGCAACAACCGCUGGAAACAGAGUGUGGAGUUAUGCAAGAAGGACAAGCUCUAUAAGGAUGCCAUGCAAUAUGCAUCCGAGUCCAAAGACACAGAGCUUGCAGAAGAGCUGCUCUCCUGGUUCCUUCAGGAGAACAAGAAAGAGUGUUUUGCCGCCUGCCUAUUCACCUGCUAUGACCUGCUGCGGCCUGAUGUGGUACUGGAGACCUCCUGGAGGCACAACAUCAUGGACUUUUCUAUGCCAUACUUCAUUCAGGUCAUGAGGGAGUACCUCAGCAAGGUAGAUAAACUUGAAACCUCAGAGUCCCUAAGAAAAGAAGAGGAGCAGGCAACGGAGACGCAACCCAUCGUCUAUGGAACACCCCAGCUGAUGCUGACAGCCGGCCCCAGCGUACCUGUGGCCCCUCAGCAAGCUUAUGGCUACGGCUACCAGGCACCUGGAGGAUACGGUCAACCAGCAGCUCCGACAGGCUUUGGCUACGGCAUGUAAAGACCCCUCCUAAUUCUCUCCACAUCCAGGCUGGAGCCACCAUCCAUCCAUCUCUCACAGUCUUUCACCAGACCGUUAUUGUCUCUCUACCUUCUACAUGGAGCAGGAGAUAAUACUGACAACCUUUUUUCCUUUUUUUUGUUUACCCCUCCCCUCUUUUUUUCCUUUAAACUGUCAUGAAGGACUCAGUUUUAUUUCUGUUGUCAAAAAGAUUAAAAGGUUGAAUCACAAAGAUUAAUUUUCUCACAUUCCAUAUUGACUAGUUUAAUUUUCUUGUCUAUCUUUUUGAAUGGGAACAUGGUUUAUGUACAUUAAGAGGGAGGGCUUGUGGGAAGAUCCAGUCCUUUUCCUAGAUUUAAAAAAAACAAAAGGUCUGUUUUGUCUGAUUUGCACUCUGUGGGAAGAAAUUAAUGUAAAACAUCUUCCUCUCAUAUGUGUGAGCAGCUUCUUCUGUCUGACUGUACAGUGCAUUUAAUUAUUGUAUAUUCAGACACAAAAACCGCUACUGUGUUCUUCUGUACUGCAGCACCAGACUGCCGCUUUCAUGACCACAAUCCUGAAACACUACAUUUUAUUAGUGAUAAUCCCACACCCGCUCCUUAGGGUUGGUUGUUGAAGAGAAUUUUACAAUUUACAGGAAAUUUUGGUUCUUUCCAGCAACACCUAUGCAGAAGUUUUCAAACUAAUUUCCUUUCAGAGAACGUUUCUGUGUACAUUACAUACUGCUCUGAAGUGGGACCUCAGGAGGGAAUGCAGACCUGUUCGUGUGUGACUACCAUCACCCCCUUCUUGCAUGAUUUUGGUCUGUUGCCAAGGGUGCAGGAGAUUUUUUUUCUUUUGUUUUUCACAUUUCUCUUUGUGUCUGUUGUGGGUUGCAUUUAACUUACAUUUGACCUCAUCCAAAUACGAAACAA